UGCUAUAAAUGUUGCAUGGGGGUUUCCCUUUUGACACUAUGAAUGGGUGAAUGAAACAAGGCACGUGCGUCUCUCAUUACCAAUUGAUAAUUGUUGACAACGUAUGUUGUGUCGUCCAAGUUUUUAUACGCAUUCUAGUUUUGGAAGGGAUAACAUUUUCCUGCAAUUAUGCUGUCAUUUAAGAACAUUUAUCUGAAAAAGUAAUUUUUUAUUCAACUAAAUUAUAUUUUCGAAGCUUUCACUCUCAUUCACGUGCAUGCAUGCCAAAAAUGACACUUUUAUCACUCACUUCCUCCAACUUCCUAUAAAUUUCUCUAUUAUCCUCGACACACACUUCACUGGACUCUGGUUGAGUAAAAUAAUAUCAAUGGAGUUAGCCAUUGUUGCAAUCCUGCUCAGUUCUCUUCUUUCCACAGCAUUGGCUUUUGAUCCAUGUGCUGAUUCUUCAGACCUUUCUGUAAUCCCCAUUUAUGGUAAAUGCUCACCCUUUAACCCUCCAAAACCUGCCUCUUCAUUGCUAAACACAGUCAUGAAAAUGGCCUCUAAAGAUCCUGAAAGAGUUUCCUAUUUAUCCAGCCUUGUGGCGGCACCACCGCAGGCCACCCGAAAAGGUGCAAGUGUUGUUCCAAUUGCCCCUGGUAAGCAGGUGCUGAACAUCGGAAACUAUGUUCUCCGGGCGAAGAUUGGGAAUCCGGGUCAGCUCUUGUUCAUGGUGUUGGAUACAAGCAGUGAUGCUGCAUGGGUUCCAUGCAGUGGCUGCACCGGUUGCGCUGCCUCCUCGGCCGUGUUCACACCAAAGGCCUCCUCCACUUACUCGUCUUUAGACUGCUCAGUCCCCGAAUGCACCAAAGUAAGCGGUGUCUCCUGCCCGGCCACUGACGCUGCCACUUCAUGCUCGUUCAACCAGUCCUACGGCGGCGACUCCUCUUUCUCCGCCAUUCUGUCCCAUGACACACUCUGGCUAGCCAAUGAUGCCAUUCCGAAUUACGCUUUUGGAUGCAUCAAUUCGGUUUCCGGAGGGUCAGUACCGCCCCAGGGGUUAUUGGGCAUGGGUCGGGGCUCCAUGUCAUUACUCUCACAAUCCGGGUCCCUUUAUUCAGGUGUAUUCUCCUACUGUUUACCAAGCUUCAAGUCCUAUUACUUCUCAGGUUCGCUCAAACUCGGACCCUUGGGUCAACCCAAGAACAUCAGAACCACCCCACUUCUCAAAAACCCGCAUCGUCCAUCCCUAUACUACGUGAACCUCACCGGAGUAAGUAUCGGCAAGGUCCAGGUCCCCAUAGCCCAAGAACCCCUAGCAUUUGACCCAAACACAGGAGCAGGUACCAUCAUAGAUUCGGGCACGGUUAUAACCCGUUUUGUUCAACCCGUAUACAAUGCAAUUCGGGAUGAGUUCAGAAAACAGGUGAAAGGGCCAUUUAGCUCACUUGGGGCAUUCGAUACCUGCUUUUUGGCCACAAAUGAAGAUAUAGCUCCACCUGUAGUUCUCCAUUUUACAGGAAUGGAUUUGGUGCUGCCAAUGGAGAACAGUUUGAUACACAGUAGUUCAGGUUCUUUGGCUUGCUUGGCUAUGGCAGCUGCACCAAAUAAUGUGAACUCUGUGUUAAAUAUUAUAGCCAAUUUCCAGCAGCAAAACCUGAGGAUCUUGUUCGACACUGUAAAUUAUCGCUUGGGUAUUGCUCGUGAGCUUUGUAAUUAGGUUUCUUUUCAAAUCCAUCAUCAUCUUCUAUAUCUCUGUAUUUGAACGAAAUUGAGUAUUGCGUUAUCUAGAUGUAUUCAAAGUAUUUUUGUGUGCACGAGUUCACAGUGCCCUUUA